UUACUUAAAGGAUCAACUUGUUUUGUUUCAUAUAUUAAUUAUUACUAGAAUCGAUCGACUAAUACACUUGUUAAUCAUUCGGUCCUUUCACGGUAGUAAACUUGGGUUAUUAAUGCAUGCGUCUCAUGGUUAAUAACCGAAGGGGAAUUAAUUAUAUUGAUUAAACCAAUAAACUGCUUGUGUUGAGGUUAUCAAUCUCAAUCGUUUUCAUCUUGAUUUUAUUGCUACUAUCGGGUUAAUAUACGGCGCAUGUUAUUUAUUAACUCGGUAGUAAGUUUUAUUAAUGAACGUGUCUCGUUAUUAAUAACUACCCUCGAUGAACUAGAUAUACUCCUCGAUUGAGUAUUCGAGAGAAGAUAGUUAAAGAUAUAACCAUGAUCCACGAACAUUUCAUUAAGUGGAUAAAAGCAAAUCCAAGUCUUCAUCUCUAUUAAGUAAACCACAUAAGUCGUUCAAAAUAUAAUUAAAGUUCACCAAACAAUCUUAACCCGCCGUAACUUAUUACCAUUUAUAUAAAAGAAAAGUGUUCAUUUCCAUGUGGAUACGAACCUUACUUCAUUAUACUACGUAUACUUGUGGUGCACUAUUAUAUUAUUUUGAGAGCGCACCACGACCAAGUGCACGUCAAAUUUGGCGCCGUUGCCGGGGAAAGGCAAUAAUAUUUCUUUUUCUUUUAAUUCAAGAAAAACAAAAAAAAAUACUUCCUCCGUUCUCUAAUACUUGGCCCUCUUUCAGUUUUGGGAUGUUCUCUAUUAAUUGUCUCCCUUUCCAUUUUUGGUAAGUUUUUUCAAUAAAUAUACUCAUUUACCCUCAUCCUCUUUCCUACUUUUUCAUUCUCUUCCCUACUUUUUCCUUUACACACAACCCUGAACCCACUAUACCUUUUCUCCUACCCCUAUUAAUUCCUUCUUAAAUCUUGUGCCAAAGGCUAUAUUCCCAUCUAUUAGAGAACGGAGGGAGUAUAAAAUAAACAAAAUAUAAAGAGUUCUUAUUUUUCUAUUUCUGAGCUUUGUGAAGUGUAUGGUCAAAUGUCGUUCAAUAAACGAAAUCACUUAGAAAGCAAACCCCGAAAUAGAACAAGCCUUCGAGAGGUUGAGAAAUUUAUUUCCGCACACGCCUUCGGAGGAAUCCUCAAACGCUAGCUCUAGUUCUAGCGAAUCUGAAGAGCCAUUCCACAUGGCUAAUGAAAAAAGAACUUUGAGGGAGCUCACAGCUCCAAACUUGAACCAACAACCACUAUGUAUUACCUUCCCAACUCUUGAUGUGGGUAAUACAUUUGAGCUCAAAUCGGGGCUCAUUCAUCUACUUCCUUCCUUUCAUGGCUUAAGAGGGGAGGAUCCUAAUAAACAUCUCUUGGAGUUCCAUGUUGUUUGUACAAGCAUGUGCCCCAAUGGAGUCACCGAGGAACAAAUAAAGUUGAGGGCUUUUCCAUUCUCCCUCAAAGACACCGCAAAAGAUUGGUUAUUCUAUCUUCCCUCAGGAAGUAUAGGUACAUGGGCGGCCAUGAAGAAAGCUUUCCUCGAAAGGUACUAUCUCGCCUCCGUCUCCUCAUCUCUCAAAAAGCAAAUUAGCAAUGUGGAGCAAAACGAUGAUGAAUCAUUCGAUGAAUAUUGGGAACGACUCAAGAAACUUUGUGCAAGUUGUCCAUACCACGGCUAUUCGGAGCAAGACCUCAUCCUAUACUUUUAUGAUGGUCUUUGCAAUGAUGACAGGCAAAUGAUCAACGCCGCAUGUGGAGGGGGAAUCGUCAACAAAACCUCUUCUCAAGCAAGAGAUCCAUCUCAGAGUUUGCCGAAAACUCGAGACAUUACAACGGGAGGUCAUCAUCAAAGCGAGUAAUGGCAGUGGAAUCCAACACCUCGUUGGAAAGUCAAGUUGCCGGCUUGACUUCUUUGGUUAAGGAUUUUCUUUUAAAUUCCAAGACCCAAUAAGUCAAAGUCUGCGGCAUUUGUACACAAUAAGGGCAUCCCACCGACUCAUGCCCAACUCUUCAAGAAGACAACUUCGAGCAAGUCAACGCCUUGGAGUUCCCAAACCAAAAGAGGUAUGAUUCUUAUGGCAAUACUUAUCAUCCCGGGUUUAGAGACCACCCCAACCUUAGAUAUGGUAACCCUCGAGGGAAUCCACCACAAAAUAACCUUCCACUAAAUCAAUUUCCUAAAAAACAACCGUACUCUAAUCCCCAAGGCCAAAGCUCAAAUAUGUCCAUCGAAUACAUGAUUUGAGCACUCACCUCAAAUGUCUCAACCAUGCAACAAAACAUGGUUCAAUUUCAACAUGAGACAAAAUCAAACAUCCAAAAUCUUGAGAACCAAAUGAGCCAAAUCUCAAGUGCGGUGAGUAGGCUCGAGGCCAAGGAUUCGGGAAAAUUCCCAUCCCAAACGGAGCCAAAUCCUAGGCAACAAGCCCAUGCGGUGACAUUGAGGAGUGACAAAGAGUUGGUCAUUGCCAAGGAAAAAUCAAGAAGCCACAUUGGCGAAGAGGAAGAAGAGGAGGGGCUUGUGUAGAAAGCUCAACCGGAGGAGGAAGUCCAUAUAUCAACUCCACCACUGGUCAUCCAUGAAGUUGAAGCACCCUUUCCCGAGGCUCUAAGGGAAAACACGAAGGGUGGAGAAAGACAAGGACAUCUACGAGACAUUCUCCAAAUGUGAGGUAAAUAUUCCUCUCCUUAACUUGAUAAAAGGUGUUCCUCAAUUUGCUAAAUUUUUCAAAGAGCUAUGUACAAUCAAAAGGAAACAUAGACUCAAUGGAAAACAAAAAGUCCAGUUUAGUGAACGUGUUUCGGCGGUUUUUCAAAAGAAAUUUCCAAAGAAAUACAAUGACCCGGGCAUGUUCACUAUACCUUGUAAGUUGGGAGGUACCACGUUUUCAAAGGCCAUGCUAGAUUUAGGACCAUCAAUUAAUGUCAUUCCUUAUUCUUUGUAUACAUCACUUGAGCUUGGCCCUUUAAAUGAAACCGGGGUAGUCAUUCAACAUGCGGAUAGAUCAAAUGCUUACCCUAAGGGUAUUGUCGAAGAUGUACUUGUUAUGGUCGACAAUUUGAUCCUUCCCGCCGACUUUUAUGUUUUGGAAAUGGAAAAUGAUAAGAAUGCGGUUCCUGUCCUUUUAUGAAAGCCAUUUUUAAAAACCGCUAGAGCAAAAAUUGAUGUCUUCGUUCAGAGAAAGAAAUAUGUUGUAUUCAUUCCAUUUAUAGAGAAUAUGUAUAUUUGGAAUAUUUUGUAAUGCUGAAUUUCAGUACAUAUUUUGAAUGCUUUAUUAAGUUGGUUGUUGGUUCUAGAAAAUCAAAUAUAAUUUGAAAAGCUUUCAUUUGGUAUUUGGAAAUAUUUUGUAUAUUCUGUCAAGGAAAUAUAUAUAUUUUGAAAUAUUUGUAUUUUUCAUAUAUUCCAUUCAAUUUAUUUAUAUACUAAUACUAUAUUUCAAGCUUGUGUGAUACUUGGACGAUCAAUAAUAUGAUAGAAUCAUUAGUUCAAUUGAAAUAUACCCAUUACAACUUUCCUUGAAACAGUAACUCAACUGAUUUAAUUUCUUCUCCGUGAAUAUUUACAUGUGCAAAGUAAUUUUUUAUUCUACAAUAGUAAGUUGCUUUUAAUGAUAAUAGUUCUUUAAAAAAAAAGAAAAAUAUAAGAAUAAAUCAAAUAAAAAAUCAAGUGAAUUUUAUAUUUAUUUUAAAAAUGAUGUAAAUUUUAUUUUAAAAAAUCACGUGAGUUUUAUACAAGUGAUUUGUUUUCCUUAUAAGAUUGUCAGUGCUUUCGAAACAUAAGAGGUAAUAAUUAAAUACUAUUUGAUACGUAGUAUUUUAUCAUUUAUUUUCAAAAUUGAUAUUUUACAUUUACUAAUACAAAUUUCUUUCAAAUCCCGCUUAAAAUAGGAGAAGCAUUAAAAAACUAAAAAUUGAGAUUUUCAAAUUAAGGAAUUGAAAUAACACUGAUAAAGUAUAAUAUAAUAAGAAGUACUUCCUCCAUCUUGUACAAAGGUUCCACGUGAUUUACGAUGCUUGACUGACCAUAAAUUCGAUUAGACUUAUUAGUAAAUCAAAUUUACAUAUUCAGAAAUUGCAUUAAAAGUUUUAUAAAUUUAUAAAAGAAAAAACUCAAAUUUGAUAAAAGUUGGAUAUAUAACAUAAAAGAUUAAGAAGACUUUACAUUAACUGGAGAAUAGUGGACGAGCGGAGAAGCUUUGAAUGAGACCGAUGUAGUUAUGAUAAUGACAUUGCACGCUUGUAUGACACACUGACACACUGUAUGUUUUUGAUAAGUUUCUCUUUUACACUUUCUCCCAUUCUUUUUUAAUUACAACACUUCCAUUUUCACAUUAAUCAACAAACUGCUUUAAUUAUUAAUAUAUAAUUCGUUAUAAGUAAAAAAUUCAAAAAUGAGAUUUUUGGAAAUUUAAAUUGAGAAGAGUUGAACAUUAAUUUUCAAAAAAUCUUUACUACAUUAAUAAAUACUCUCUCCGUCCCGCUAAGAUUGUCUCAGACACUAUUCACUUGGCCAACACAAAUCACUCUUAAUCUCUUACUUUAUAUAUCAAAUUUUUUAUCAAAUUUGAUUCUGGUUUUUGCGUCUUUGUAAAGUUUCUAAUAGAGAGAAUUCCCUAAAUAGGAGUAAAAAUGUUUUGAAAUUCCA